CGCCUGCGGCGGCGACGUGCCCCCGCCUCUAGGCUCCCGCUCAGCGCGCAAGUGAGAAGCUGCCUGUGGCGCGGCGCACGCUCCGGUGGCUCCCGGCUUGCGCGCAAAACUUCCACCCAGUCGGUGCCGGGCGGCAGCUGCCCUAGAGAGGGGACCAGGCUGCGGGGACCUGCGGAGGGACGCCCGGCGCGCGCGCUUUCUCUUUUCUUCUGCCUGGCCCGCCGCUCGGCCGCCCUCCGGGACUUUGCCUCCUCUCCUUUCCUCCUCCCCCCUCGCAGCCGGCUCCCCCACCCCGCCCUGUUUCUCCCCCACUGGUGUAAGCUAUUUGUUAGGGGUGGCCGAAAGGGAUGUCCUGUUUUCACCAGAGACACAGCGCGAAGGGAAAACUUAGGCACUGGAAAGAACGAGAGUGAAUACCCAGACUGGACCCGCGGAUUAGGGGCUGGGACAGACCCUGAACUUCAGGAGCCCAAGGCGGUCCAGGCCGCCAGAGAUAGUCAAUCUUGAAUACAAGGAAGCUGCUUCUACGUGGGAGUGGCAAGAGAAGUGAGGGAACCACAUGGAAGACACCCAGGACCUAAAUGAGCAAUCAGUAAAGAAAACGUGCCCAGAAUCCGAUGUUUCAGAACCUCAGAAUUCCAGAUCUAUGGAAAUGCAAGACCUAGCGAGUCCCCACGCCUUGGUUGGAGGCAGUGAUACACCUGGGGGCUCCAAGCUGGAUAAAUCCAGUCUCAACAGCACUUCAGUCACGACAAAUGGGACAGGAGUGUCUCUCCUUGCAGUCAAAACAGAGCCCUUGAACAGCAAUGAAACCUCUACCACGACUGGAGAUGGAGCGCUUGACACUUUUACUGGGUCAGUAAUAACGAGUAGCGGCUACAGCCCCAGAUCAGCGCAUCAGUAUUCCCCACAGCUGUAUCCUUCGAAGCCCUAUCCACACAUUCUUUCUACACCAGCAGCUCAAACAAUGUCGGCCUAUGCAGGCCAGACUCAGUAUUCGGGAAUGCAGCAGCCAGCUGUCUACACAGCCUACUCACAGACAGGACAGCCCUACAGCCUGCCUGCUUACGAUCUUGGUGUGAUGUUGCCAGCCAUCAAGACAGAAAGUGGGCUUUCCCAAACUCAGUCUCCAUUACAGAGUGGCUGCCUCAGUUACAGCCCUGGGUUUUCUACCCCACAGCCAGGCCAGACGCCUUAUUCUUACCAAAUGCCAGGCUCCAGUUUUGCACCAUCGUCUACUAUUUAUGCAAAUAAUUCCGUUUCUAAUUCAACAAAUUUCAGUGGCUCACAACAGGAUUACCCAUCCUACACAGCCUUUGGCCAAAACCAAUAUGCUCAGUAUUACUCAGCGUCCACCUACGGGGCAUAUAUGACAUCAAACAACACAGCUGAUGGCACAUCAUCGUCAACCUCAACUUACCAGCUGCAGGAAUCUCUCCCAGGACUGACUAGCCAGCCAGGUACAGAUCUUCACCCAGGAGAAUUUGAUACAGUGCAGAGCCCUUCCACACCCAUCAAAGAUCUUGAUGACAGAACAUGUAGAAGUUCUGGGUCAAAGUCUCGAGGAAGAGGCCGGAAAAAUAAUCCCUCCCCACCACCGGACAGUGACCUGGAGCGUGUGUUCGUCUGGGACUUGGAUGAGACCAUCAUUGUCUUCCACUCUCUCCUCACUGGAUCUUAUGCACAGAAGUAUGGCAAGGACCCCCCAAUGGCUGUGACCCUCGGGCUACGAAUGGAGGAAAUGAUCUUUAAUCUUGCUGAUACACAUUUGUUUUUUAAUGAUUUAGAGGAAUGUGAUCAAGUUCACAUAGAUGAUGUUUCCUCAGAUGACAACGGUCAGGACCUAAGUACCUACAGUUUUGCAACUGAUGGCUUCCAUGCAGCUGCAAGUAGUGCGAACCUUUGUUUGCCAACAGGUGUGAGAGGAGGAGUGGACUGGAUGAGGAAGUUGGCUUUCCGUUACAGAAGAGUAAAGGAAUUAUAUAACACCUACAAGAACAAUGUCGGAGGACUCCUUGGCCCAGCCAAGAGGGAUGCGUGGCUGCAAUUAAGGGCAGAGAUUGAAGGCCUAACAGAUUCCUGGCUAACAAAUGCACUUAAAUCUUUAUCAAUUAUUAGUACUAGGAGUAACUGUGUAAAUGUCUUGGUAACGACAACGCAGCUGAUCCCUGCUCUGGCGAAGGUCCUGCUCUACAGCCUAGGAGGUGCUUUUCCCAUUGAGAACAUUUACAGUGCGACUAAAAUAGGAAAAGAAAGUUGCUUUGAACGAAUAAUGCAAAGGUUUGGCAGAAAAGUAGUAUAUGUUGUAAUUGGGGAUGGUGUAGAAGAAGAGCAGGCAGCGAAAAAGCACAACAUGCCCUUUUGGAGGAUAUCAAGCCACUCGGACCUCUUGGCUCUACAUCAAGCACUGGAAUUAGAGUAUUUGUAACUGUAUUCUCUAGAUGGGGAUCCAUUUUUUUUAUAUUUCAAGUACACUGAAUUUUUAUGUGUGAUCCAAUGCCGCUGGCUUCUUCUACACAUAUAAAUGGUCUUAAAGGAUGAAAUCAAACUUGGAAUGAAAACUCCAGAGUGAAGAAUUCAGGUUGCUGAAUGGAAUUAAACUUUAGUGCUACAGCAAGGAAACUCUAUGGUCUUAUUAUCUUUACAAUACUUUCAUGGUUUAAAAAAAUCUGUGGAGGUUGCUGACACACACCAAAUGAGUCCUAACUGGAAUUAACAGCUUUAGUAAAGAACUCAAACCCUCCCGAACAACAGCACCUGUUCUGCCUCUGACAAGGUGAUCGAAAACAUUCCUCAAAAUGGGAGUUCUUCUCAACCCUGAGGUUUGAAUCUGACUUUUAGCCUACCUAGCCCAGAAAAUCUGAAUCUGAAUGCACUCAGACUGUAUAAUGACAGUCCUAUCUAGACCUGUAAUUUGUGUAAAUUAUUGAUGGAAAUAAUUUACUGUGACUUUAUUAGCAGCUGAAUCUGAAAGUGGAUGCAAUUUUUCUUUUAUUUGUCGGGGUGGGAAGAGGGCUGGGGAAAUGGGAAUAUAAUAUUGUCUCUUUUUUAAGUUUGGCAGAGAGAAUGUUCAUACUGAUGUGUUGUGCCUUAAAGACAAGACAGCAUUUGUGUGUUACAGUGUAACUUUGGUUAAAGUCUCUGUAGAUAAUGAAAGACAAAAACAAACAAACUAAAAAAAAAACAAACCUACAAGCAAAUCAAAAACCUUUGUAAUAAUUCUUCACAUGACCAAAUUUAAAAUUUAUAAGCUAUCACUUUAAUACUGAAUCGAAAGCAAACUGAGCAUUUUUUUAGAAUGAGAAAUAAACAAUAAUAAUACAACAAAGGGUUCUGAAUGAUUCCAGUAAUCAAUAAGAGUCAGCUAUCUGAACAAGCAAUCAAAAGCAAAAGGUUUGGGAAACAGUGGGUUCUUUGUUUAGAAAGUGAAAUAUAUGUUGGAGUCUCAAGUAUCCUUUCUUACAGUUUUCUGGAAGAAAACUAAGAGCCAUAUUCAUGUCAGUUUUCCCAAUUUUAGUUUAAGAUUCUCGUUAUAUAUAAAUUGCCUAGAGGAAGAUAUUAUGGUGCAAAUUAUUAGCAAAUAUUAUUCAAGUCAUUUUUAGAAUAUGCUAUGAAUAUAGUUUUAAACACACACUGAGUAGACACAACAAAGUACAUUUGUCUUCCAUGCCAUUGCAAAAGCAAGUACCAUCAGUGAUAAAAGGCAGGUAUACCAGAUAGUUGCCAAGGGGAAAAACACUGAGUCUGUGAAAUUUCUUUUAUAUAAUAUUAUCACAAAUUAAUUAUCAAACAAGCUAGAUCUUGACAGCAUCACCAGAUCUCAACAGUAAAAGUGAUUAGCUCUCCUUGGAACACAUUAGUCCAGGGUCUCCCCAUUUACAGACAGGAAUAUGUUGGUGUCCUUUUAAUAUGAUCGCUGAACAAUUCCUGCAUUCAAUUGCUGGGAGAGCCUGCCAUCAUUGCGUCUGCAUGUCUUUUUGUUUUAUUGAUGUAUAGCCCAUGUUGGUAACAUGAUAUAGAUUCUCUCAUUGGUUAUGACAUGGUUUGCCUCAUGGACAUUUAAGACUUUAAGAAGUAAAGUAUUCUAAUGUUAUGAAUACCUGAAGCUCUAUGUUCUGAAUGGCAUCAGAUGAACCCAAGAUUCCAGCAGUUAGUCAGUGCCCCUAAUCUGAGGCUGGUUUAUGAUAGACCAUCACCUGAGACUUCUGCAGUUUAAGUAAGACCAAUACUUUCCUCUAGAGAGCAUUUGAUAAGGCCCUGUUUAGGGUAGAAAAAUAAUGAGAUAAUUCUGCAUAAGACAGAGACUCCCUACAUGAUCCUUACUUUUUACAUGUUGUGGCUUUUGGUUACCCUUUCCCAUAAUGCUACCGUGGCAAAUUAUGACUGGAAUAUUUUAAUCCUAAUAAUAUUAAUAAUGUAAUAAUUUUACACUUCUGCUGGUCUUCAGCUUCAUAUGGUUAAAAGGUUAAAGACUAUUUUUUUAUUACCAGUACUCAUUUGUGCACUUAAACCCUAAAUUUUUAUUACUAUGACUAAAACAAAGUUCAUUGGGCACACAGCCAGUCUCUUCGUGGAAUGACUUAUGGCCCUGCAUCAAGAGUAAUGUUUCAUUUUGAAAUCUGAUGAACAAGGCUUCAACACAGCUCCACUUAAGGGUCAGACAGACUCACCUUUUGCAAAGAAUACAAGGGCUGGCUGCUGGUAUCCUCCACGAUACUUCUCAUGCAUCUCCCCCCCCCACACUGUCCUGCAAAUAUGUGUAUAGGGGAGACAGCUAGUAUAACACCUACAAGUGAGGUUGAUGGAAAACAGAUUGUCUACCCAACAUAGCAAUGGUGGCAGUCAAAAAGUCAGCCAUGGGUCCUGCUUGGUCAUGUGACUUCGAGUGGGUUCAAAGUACAACUCUUCCCUUCCCACCUUAGGAUAGAAACAUCCUCUUUCUUCCUGAAAAAAAAAAAACAAAACAAAACAUCAGCCAACCAGCAAUAAAGAAAACCAGUCCCAUAGGCAGUUCCUACAUUCUGUUUUUAUGUAGAAUAUUGUGCCUUGUUGUAAAUGAGUCUGAAAACUGUUCUCCAAUUCAAAUGGGGUUUGGGCUAUUACAUACUCAUAUUAGAAAAAAAUAACUGCUUUAUAUUGCACCUUAAAAAUAUCAAGACCCUAUAACUUGAGUAAUAAAAUAGAUGGCCUGACUACAAAUAUCAUAGCAUAUAUUUAAGAUGAUAAAACCUUGAGGAAAUGUGUCAAUCCAAUUCAGAGGUUAAAAAAAUAAGAUUUUAAGAUUGUAUGAUCUGUGCACAAAAAUAGGUACUGUCUGGUGAGCGAAGAUCAAAAUAGCUUCAACUGCAUGCCCUACUGUGAAGUUUUAAUGAAGCCUACUUGUUUGUGACAAACCUACAUUCUCAGCAAAUAUGGUGUUUAGUAUUUCUUUUCAACACAAACAUAAGCCAUCAUGAGCCAAAGUUGCAUUUUGACUCCAAAUUAUGGUGGUGUUGUAGGGAUCUCACAGUCAGAGUCAAGGGUUUCUGUUAUGUAUUAGUAAAGUUAUAGAUUAUUGGAGCCUACAUAAUUUAAAGAAAUGUAAAUUAAUAUUAAAAGCUUGUAAAAAAUAUGUACAUCUUUACUAUUUCUCAAUAAAUACCUUUGCAACUGUU